GGAGGAGGGAGCGGACCCGGCCGGCCCGGGCUGCGGGGCCAUGGCGGUCGGAGCCCGCGCCCUGCUCGGCAGCCGCGGGGGCAGCCCGGCCUCCAGCCCCCAGCUGGGUGGCAGGAGCCGCUCGCAGCCGCCGCCGGCUCCGUUCGGCGCGCCCGGGCACGGCUUCCGCAGGGUGACCCUGACGAAGCCCACCUUCUGCCACUGCUGCACCGACUUCAUCUGGGGGCUGGCGGGCUACCAGUGCGAGGUUUGCAACUUUAUGUCUCAUGAAAAGUGCCUCAAGCAUGUGAAGAUACCAUGCUCGUGUAUUGCGCCGAGUCUCGUAAGGGUUCCAGUUGCACAUUGUUUUGGACCUCCGGGACAUUACAAAAAAAAGUUUUGCACCGUAUGCAGAAAGCAGUUAGAGUCCCUUGCUUUUCGAUGUGAAGUGUGUGAACUACACGUGCAUACGGAUUGUGUCCCAUUUGCUUGUAGCGAUUGUCGUCAGUGCCAUCAAGAUGGGCAUCAGGAUCAUGAUACAUAUCAUCAUCAUUGGAGGGAGGGAAAUCUCUCGUCCAGUGCUCGUUGUGAGGUCUGCAAGAAAACCUGUGGUUCUUCAGAGGUGCUGUCUGGCAUGAGGUGUGAGUGGUGUGGCAUUCUGGCUCAUGCUUCUUGCUACAUUAUUGUACCACCAGAAUGUACUUUUGGAAGAUUAAGAAAUAUGAUUCUUCCUCCGAAUUGUGUGCGUUUAGUUUCUCGCAAUUUCAGCAAAAUGCACUGUUUUCGAAUAUCAGAGAGCCUGCAAACAGAACCAGAUGAAGAUGAGGAUGUUGAUGGCUUAACACAAGGGUCAGUGAUUUCAACAGAUUCAAGUAAACAAACAUUAAAGAUAUUUGAUGGUAAUGAUGCAGUAAAACGCAAUCAAUUUCGACUGAUUUCCGUUCCAAGGAUUGCAAAAAGUGAAGAGGUUGUGGAGGCAGCGCUGAGGGCAUACUACGUAAAUGAUGAUCAACAGCACUAUGAGCUCCAGACAUUUUCUCAGCAGACCUUGUUUUCUGAUGACAUCAUCAACAGGAAUGAUGCCACUGAAGAAACCAACCCAGGUCCAGUGUUCAGAGAGGUGGUUCCCGAAGCUUGGAUCAUCAGAGCCAAACCUAAGGAUCACGAAAUAAUAAGAAUUUAUCCUGGUUGGCUGAAAGUGGGAAUGGCAUAUAUCUCUCUACGAAUAGAUAAGGAAAGCACCACCGAGACAGUAAUUAAAGAAGUUCUCCUGCAAUUAGGACGGCAGACGGAAUGCCUCCAGAAUUUCAAACUUCUAGAAGUACUUAUGGGCAGUAAGCAAGUGCAGCGAAUGGUGCUGGAUGACCAGGAGAUGAUCCUUAGCAGACUUAAAGACAUAAGAAAGACUUCAAUACGUCAGAUGACUCAAACAAGAUUUUACAUUGUAGAAAAUAAUAAAUCUGUCGUGCGGGUAAAUUUGUUUGUGGGUGGCUUGCCACCUCAACUCUCUGCUGAAGAAUACACUAACAUCCUCAAGGAUGACUUAGCUAUCAAAACAAAUCUGCUUUCUUUGAGUCAUGUUUACUCAAUGCAAGGUGCUGUUGUACUUGAAAUGUCUUGUUUUUCUGAAGCUGAAAGAAUAUAUAUGCUAGCUAAAGAUACAAUGGUCAAUGACAAACAGCUUACUGCCACUGUGAUUCCCGAAGUUCUGCAUACCAAGCUACCACAGAACUGCUGUCCACUACUUGUGUUUGUGAAUCCCAAAAGUGGAGGUCUGAAAGGCCGAGAUCUACUCUACAGUUUUAGAAAACUGCUAAAUCCUCAUCAGGUUUUUGAACUCACUAAUGGAGGUCCACUGCCUGGAUUUCAUACAUUCUCUCAAGUUCCCUAUUUCCGAGUGCUGGUGUGCGGUGGCGAUGGCACGGUUGGUUGGGUCCUGGGUGCGCUGGAGGAAAUCAGACACACCCUUGUCUGUUCAGAGCCCUCUGUAGCCAUCUUACCUUUAGGAACAGGUAAUGAUUUAGGCAGGGUGCUUCGCUGGGGAGCUGGUUAUAGUGGGGAAGAUCCCUACUCGGUUCUGAUAUCUGUAGAUGAAGCUGAUGAUGUACUUAUGGAUCGCUGGACCAUCCUUUUAGAUGCUCAGGAGGCUGUUGAAAGUGCAGAGAAUGGUAUUUUGGAACCUGAGCCUCCAAAGAUUGUACAAAUGAACAACUAUUGUGGCCUUGGAAUUGAUGCAGAAUUGACCUUGGGCUUUCACCAUGCUCGAGAAGAAGAACCAGGCAAAUUUAAUAGCAGGUUUCACAACAAAGGAGUAUAUGUAAAAGUUGGACUGCAGAGGAUAAGUCACACCAGAAAUCUUCACAGAGAUAUAAAACUUAAAGUGGACCAGCAUGAAGUUGAGUUACCAAGUAUCGAGGGACUCAUUUUCAUUAAUAUCCCCAGUUGGGGGUCUGGAGCUGAUCUCUGGGGAUCUGACCAUGAUAAUCGAUUUGAGAAACCAAGAAUCGAUGAUGGCUUACUGGAAGUUGUGGGGGUGACUGGAGUUGUGCACAUGGGUCAAGUACAAGGCGGUCUGCGAUCAGGGAUUCGCAUAGCCCAAGGAUCUUACUUUCGUGUUACGCUUCUGAAACCAAUACCUGUUCAAGUAGAUGGAGAGCCCUGGAUCCAGCCACCAGGCCAGAUUAUCAUUUCUGUUGCAGGACCAAAGGUCCACAUGUUGAAAAAAUCCAAACAGAAGCCAAAAAAAACUGGAAGCUUGAAAGAGACAAGAACAGAUAGUGUCUCAGUCACUGAAGUGGGACGUUAAAUGGAGCGGACCUUUCCAGAACAGAAGCGGCAGAACUGCUGUCGAUGAAAGGAGCCUGCACUGUACAGCUGGGUGCUGGGGUUUGGUAAAGAAGGGGUCCUAAUGAGCCUGCCCUUUAUUCCAUUGUAAUAGUACUGUGUUCUGCUUGUUUUGUUAAAUGAUUGUGCCUCAUUAGGUGGCUGAUGCACACCUACUUGUAUACCACUAAUUUCAUUCGAAAUGUUUGCCUGUGGUAGCCUUCCCUAAAGCACUGCCCAGUACCAAUAGAUAACACAGAUCUACCCUAUGGAGCUCUUCACACUUGGUUUUGCAGAAUUUUCAUUUUGUUAAGAAAUUUCUUGCCUUUUUCUUACAUAAUCUUCCAUCGAGAAAUCAUCACAAGGUUCUGUUAAAGUAGCCCUGAACAACAGUCUUCCAACAAACAGAAGAGUAGUGGUUGCAUCUCUUUGCUGUUGUACUGUGACCUUCCUGGGUAAGGCCAAAGAACACAAUUUGAGGCGUUGCAGUUUGAGAUCAUGUUACUCGAGAUGAAUGACUGUCGUGAUAAUGAUCCCAACAUGAAGAGUGCCGUGUGCAGAGGAGAAAACCUGUGCUGAAACGCUCAAGUCAAAAUGGCUAAGACAGGAUAGUUUCAACAUGGUUUACUAGGAUAAAGUAAAUGGGGACAAAAAUCUGCUUUAAACAGUUAUGAAAUGGUCUAGCCUCUUUCAGACAUCAAACACUGUGGAAGGGCUGGUAAAGUUCAGCAGCUAUCUCUUGACUAAAUGGGGGCAAAGUUUGCCUCAGUAAUAUAUGUAGAUGACAGACUUCUUGGGCUCUUAUUUUUCUCCCCCGCUGCGUGUUCUACCUUUGGUGACUCCGUACACUUCCACAGGUCCUCAUUGGUCUUGUUUCAAAUUCAGUUUCUAAAAAAAAAUGCCCUAUGUGUAAAUGUAUUGUGACUAUGACUUUCCAUACGAGCUCCAGAGACUUGAAGAAUGGGUACUAAUUCUGGUAAAAAGCUGCUGAAAACGACUGUUUCAUUGAUUAUCAGUUCACUAAGGCUGUUUCUCUACAAGGGGCGUGAUUCCCCUCCUAUGCUAGCUCGAUGAAAGCUAGCGUGAGUGUAUGUAGUAGUGGAGGCAUGGCUGAACUUCACCACGUACAAACCAGCCUGAAAUCGGCAGGCAUGUGCUUGGCACAGCUAAGCCGUGCCUCUGCUGCCUGUGCUACCAUGGCUACACUACUAUUUAUAUCUGCACUGGCUCUCAUUGGGCUACCGUGAGAUGUGUUCGCAAGCAGCGGAUUCACACCCCUGGCUUGUAGUGUAGACAUAGCCUACGAUACGUGAACAUAGAGGCAGGCUAACAUUAAAUGGAAAUACACAAUAAUUUAAUUCCUUGAGUUUUCUUAUGAUGCAUAGUGUGUGUUCAAUAAGACUGUACGUCUGGCAAUAUGUACGCCGUUGCUGUAAAAAAUGCUGUGACUUCAGAUGACUGAGUAUUUAGCAAUAAAGUAACAAAAGGCCUAUUUUCCAGUAUACUUCUGAAAACAGCCUUCCCGCAACUGUUUAGCCAUGGUUCUUUCUUGCAGGCUGCCAGUGUAGCUUAGCAUUUGGGGCAUGGAGAAGGGGUGUAGGCCCAGAUUCUCAAAGCUAUUUAGGCACCUAACUCACAUUGAUUUCAGUGGAAGUGGAGCCUGAAUACAUUUGAGGAUCUGGGCCAUAGUGAGUGUACUGUAAUCUAGCUGGACCAGUGUGUGUUGUAAGCCCAGGUUAGGGCAUGCCAAUCCUCCCAGAAAGGUGAUCUGACUGCUUGCCCACCUGCUGAAGACUGAUGGGUCAGGGUGUUUGAGAAUACUGCCCAGCCCCAGGGCUAAUGUGCUGAAGAUCUGGUAGAACACUACAUCUGUUGUCAACAGCCAUUCCCGCAUGGGCCUUUCUAAACACCCCUUCUCUUUGCUUCACUCUCAGCUCACCAUGGUUCUCUGGUGAGCUAAGUCAGGUGGAAAUGAAUGGGCUUGAACAGCAGUGUGGAAAGAUGCAGAACAAUUGUGGUGGAAGGAAUUUGUACAGUUCUACCCCACACAGGGAAAGGUGACUAAUAUCUUUCAGCAUUGUGUACGGUAAGUCCUUGACCAAUGGAACUGCUCCCAGCUAUGUCCUCAUGAACCUGAGUCCUAUUAGCAGGCGACAAGGCACACUUACCCUUGGCUGUAGAAAGAACUGAUGAAAUACAUUACAGCCACCUCUGCUCGGGGGGCAACAAAUCAGAAAAAAACGGUGACCGUACUGGUAGCAUGGCUCAAUCACUCAAGCAGAGGCUCUGAAAAGACUCUUACUGUUGCUGCUUGUGGAAUGGACCUUUGAAGCCAUGUCCCACGUGAGGGCUACCUCCAGAAUGGCAUUCUGUAGACUGUGAAAUGUGCAAAAGCCCAGCCUUUGUUUAGCAAGCAAUUGAUGCCAGUGUUCUUGCCAGCCAUCCCCUUUUCACGGUCUACUCAGCGAGUGGUUGCAAGUCAACGCCCGCAGCAGUUGUUUUCUACCAGUGUUAUAGACACCUUCUAGUCAUGCUUCAGACGUGGCUAAGGCAUGGCAGCAGCUUUGAUAAUCAGCUUAUUGCCACGGACAGAGCUGAAACUUCAGUGCAAAUGCGGUUUGAUCGAACAACAGUUUCUACCAUCCGUCAUCAAGAGAUGCUUUUUACUCACUUAUGGGACAGCUGCUCCUUUUCCCCACGUGUUCUGACCUUAAGAGUGCUACAGGACUCCAUCCCCUCUUAUUCAGCAUCAGAACAAGAUUUCUGUUGAGAGUGAGAUAUCUGCAUGCUGAUGGUGCAGAUAUUUCAUGUGCAUCUUUCCUCUUCUAACACAGCAUCAGCUCCACUUCGGCACUUGGAAAUUGGUACGUGCAUGAAAAGCAAGCGGCUUGAGCUCAGCUUCAGUGUGGGUACUUCUGCUGAUAGUGGGAGGAGGAAAGCAUUGUAUUUCAAGCUCUCUGCUCUCUCAGGGUGAAGUCAACAGACUAAGGAAAUACAUCACUGCUCAUGGGUACCCAAGGCACAACAGUGGCCAGGAAUGCUGCUUUUAGCUUCUUUUAAGUAGUUGAGAGAUCAGUUCUGUUCUCUUUGAUGCAGCCUAGCUAUGGACAUGAAUGUUUUUGUCAUCUGCAGACUCUACCUGAGUUGACUGCAAAGACCAUGCAGAAACAGAAACCUCUCUCCUCCACGGGCCACACCAGAGAGCCUGUCUCACCAGUGCGCCAUUCCUACACUGGCUCCAAUUGAUACUCUGGAUCUGUUUCAUGCUGCUAGUCCUGACUUUCACAGAUCGUAAUGUGCUAAGUCCUGUCUCACUCCCCCGCUGCCCCAUUGCAGUGGCUGUUAUCUGAAAUAGUGUGGUUUACAAUCCCAAAGGUGAAACUCUUUGCACAGCAUAUUUUAAGUGGAAGACGUUUUGGCUGUGGAAUUUCCUGCCAUCUGAUUGUUAUAAAUGCCAGACUCUUUCCACACUUAGAGCACAGUGCAAGAUCCAUCUCUUUGUGCAUACCUCCCAUAGUCUGGUGCAAUAGUGCUUUCCUGGCAGGCAGCCACCAGAGAGGACACUGAUAGGGAUUGUGUGUUAAUAGAAGAAGUGAUGGAAGCUUCUGGUCCUUGCUCAUGCAGAAAUGAAGUCUGAUGUAUGUGGUAUCUAGACAGUUUGGUGAUUGGCACGUUGGAAAUGAAAAUAGAUACUUUUUUUAAAGCUUAAUGUCUCUUUGUCUGAUUCUGAAAUAUCUUCUGUAUGUUUUCAACACACAACAGAUUUUUGGGCAAGUGGAAUGGAAAACUGAAUAUACACAGAAUAAGCAAACCAAUUUAAAAACAGAGAAGAAUUCUCUGGAGUAACCAUUUUUAAGCUGUUUCAAUUUCAGGUAUUAAAAAGGCUAAGAUGCUUAGGGAAUUGUAGAGCUGUAGUUUUGUUUUCAUCAAACUUACACCUGCUGUGUGUGGGGAUAGGGUUAAUCAUGUACAGUCUUUGCAUUCAUAUUAAUUACUUGGAGGCUUCCCUGCAGAAAGGUGGCAUUGCUUAUAAGUUACGUUAAACAUGUGUAACAGCUGAUAAUUAGGUUUUAUGUAAAUCCAGUGAGAUAAUGCAAUAUAAUUACAUUUUGAUGUUUUAAUGCAUGGUUCAUACCAUUAUCAGCUCUUAGUGGAGAAUGUUGUAAAAUGUGAUAAUUAUAUAAACUUACGGUGGUUCCCCAGCCAAUGCUUAAAAUAGCAUUAACAAAUUUGAAGCUAGAGUGGUUUAGAAAACGUGGUGCAGAGAGCUCAGAAACGAUAUUGGGAGUGAGGUGAAAUCCUGGUGUGGCUGGGUCAUGCUUGUGGGUGGUCCUUGUGGGCUCAUAGGGAGACAUACACUGUGCUGUCCCAAGCACAGGCUUGAUCCUUUGUCGAGGCCCCUCUCUGAUGACCUUCUCUGCAAGCCUCGGGGCAUACUUGUAUUGCCUGUCCUGCUUCCCGCUUGGAAAGUUGCAUUUGGCCUCUACCUCCUGGCUUUCCAGCUCUUGUCAGUAGGGGAGGAGAAGGGGGUCACUAAAAGUGCUAUUCAAUAUCUCAAAUUUCCAACCCAGGUAAAAUGCAUGUUUAAGGUAUACGGUCAUAGAUAAGUAUGUUAUCGAAUAGUACAGGGGAAGGAUAAAAUGUCCGCUCUGAGUUUUAGCCAUAACUUCACAAUUUCUGGCUUUUAUGGUUGUAAUUUAUUCCCUCAACAUUAUUCCAACACUUAUGGUCUGGUUUAGAGUAGUAUAAGCUUCUACUUAGUGAUGCUUAAUCUAAAUUGAUCUUUGUGAACGGUCAGUGACUUAUUUUGCCAAAAAACGACCAAGUCGUCUGGGCGAAUUGAACAUCUGGUCACAGUAUAUCCUCGUGUGGAUUUAGCUGGGUGACUACGUUCUGACAUCAUUUGCUUCCGAUCCUUAUUGAUAACACAUGAGUGGUCUGAUUGUCAUUGGACAAUGUGUUGAGCCCCUUCUUGCUGGUCCGUGAGAUACACUGUGUCAUUAAGAUUCCCAACACAGACCUCAUGGAUCUAAGGAACCUGCAUUUUUCAACAAGAUUCACUGGUUAUAAAAUCCAGCAAUGAGAUUAGAAUUCAGCAUCGGCAUAUAUUUUAGCUUUACCUCUGUAUAUCUUCCUGUAGAUUUAAAUCAGGCCCUGGAUAUUAAACUAAACCACAACCCUUCAUGUGUAAUACAUUUAAUAAAAAAACUAGGAAAAUCUUUUAGUAGUAACUCUUACGGAUAUUUACUCAUUAAUCCUUCAUAUCCUAUACAAGCUUAUUGUGUAAGUGGCAUUUUUAUCUACUCAGUCCAGACCCUAACUAUUGGAUGAAUGUUUGAAUGGUGGAUGUGUUUAUGCAUAUAUGUGUUUUACCCAGUCGCCCACCUAUUGUUGUGUGAGUAGAGUCAUUGCUAAACAUUGCCGAAUGUAAAACAAAAUUAAACCAUUGUAGCAAAUGUAUACACCUGGGGUAAAUUGUUGAAAAUGGUAAGGUUUAACAACGAUAAAGCUAUAGCCGUGCAAAUGCUUUAAAACGUACCAUAGUGUUGCCUGAUGCUUUGUGUGUUUUGUGCAGCCUGUUUAUCGUUCAGCUGUAUAUUUUUUUGAAAAGUGCAGUAUGACGACCUGGAAAUAGAAAUUUUUUCAGUCUACAACACAGGCUGCUUUCACACCGCCACCACAAUGACUGUGUGCCUCUGCCAUACUCUGUGGGUGCCUCCUUCAUGUCCUUUGUUCUCAGCCCUUCUGCUGAAACUGAUGACUAAUUAGUGCCAAUUCUGAUGGUGCUGUUUGAUCUGAAUGACUGUUCACUAGCAGCGGGUAUGAGACCACCCACUCAUUUCCACUUACAUCCUUCAACAGCCAUGAAAUGCAAAGAUCUUCAGUUACUACUGAACUGGCUCAGAUUCCUAUUGGGAACUUUGGCUCAUUUUCAAACAUAGAUCCCAUAUUGUGUGUGUUUCCAUUAUUUUACACACAUUUUGCAUUUAACAAGUAAAUGUGGAACAGACAUUGUUUAGUGUAUGGCAGAACUGCCUUUUUGUGUUUGUAGUGUAAAUAAGGAAAACCUUUUUGCAGACUUAAAAUGCACUUUCAGGUUAAAAUACAAAGAAGUCUGUAGAAUGCCAUUUAAAAUGCUAGUUAUUCUUGUAAUUGUACCAUUCCCUAGCAUCCAUGUCACUGAAAUUACUGUACUGUCUUUUAAUGCCCCAUUAGGGAAGGAGAGGAGAUUGUAACAUUUUUGCAAUACAUAUUUAUAUCUAACUGACUGAAAGUUCAUUUAAACUUUAAACCAUUAUAAAUUGGCUAUGGCCAUUAUAAACUAUGAAUUAGUUUAAUAGACUCAUUUUUAUAAUGCAUGAGAUUCAUUUUAAGUUUAUUUAUUAUGAUAACAGCUAGUUAAUUUGACACACAGGGUGUGUGAUAAGAAGUCCAACUGAAAGGCCUUCACUUCUUUGACCUCUCUGUGCUUUGGCACUGACCAAUGUAAAGGCAUUACAUGGAAUGCAAUGGUUUAAACACAACUUAUUAAAAAUUGUUUCUAAAUGUCUGAUUAGACCAGCAGUUUCGAUGUUUACAGAUUGGUGACUAUUGAUUGUAUGCACCCUGGUUCGCUUUUGACACAGUGCACUGGUUUAUAUUUUGGAAGCGUUCUUUCUACUUCCCAUGCCCAUGAGUGGAAUCGUUGCCUUUUGAGUUUGGGCUCUUAAGUAACUCUUCGAAGUGUGGAUUUUCACUUUUCUGCUAUGAACUGAUAGAACCGACUUUGUGCUGAUAAAAGUAUUAGAUUGAACAUUUCUUCCUAAAGGACAAGUUUAUUUUUGAUAAUGUAUAAGAUGGUUUUAUAAACAAUUAAGUAGUGUUGAAAAAGUUGGUAUGAGCUCUUGAAACAAGUGUAUUAUCAUGAUUUAAAAAUCUAUUUCAAAGCAGAUAAGCAUUUUUUCUUUAUAGAGCAGUGAAAUGAUAUUUUCACUACCCUUAGUUCUGUUCUAUGUUUAGCUUAUCUAUUAAGAGGAAACUUAUUCUCAGAAGAUGUGGCUUAAUUUAUCUUCAAUUUAUGCUGUAUUGUGCUAAUCGCCUUGACCUUUUACGCUUCUCUUGUAGCAAUUCACAAUAUAAACACCUGUUUAAGAGGCUUAACUUUCCAUCUAUGAAUUCCUACAGAUGAAAGGACAAAAUUGUGACAAUUCUAAUUAUUACCCUGUCUGCCUAAAGUGAAUGUGCCAUGCAGCCAUCCUUUGCUUCCAAAGGCAGCUGUCGCUUGGGCCAAGUGUACACCAGUAAGGGACACAGAAUCCUAUAUCGGGCAAAUGUUGCUCUCGCAAUUGCUCUCCUCCCUUUAUGCUUUUAAAUUUGCCAAAUAGGGAGUAGCAAGAGGUGCCAAAGAAAUUAGUGAGUAAGUAUUAAAAGUGAGCAAAUAUAGGUGCUUGGAAAAUCUAAACCUAACUCCUUUAAAGCAAAAUCCUGUGAGGUCUGUGUCAUAGAAGUAGUUGGCUCAUUUCAGCUUUUCAAAAGUGCUAAGAGAAAAAUUUUAAUUGGAAAUGGCUGAGAGACAAACAGUAAGAUACCUCGGUGAAGUUGUAGAUUGAGAUUGGGGGGUGGUGGAGGGAUCUGAUAUCUUGAUAUCAAAAUCAGAGCAGCACAAAUUCUUUGGUUAGCCAUAGAAAAGUUUGAUUAUCCUCCUGUACGCAAAAGUUCCAUUAUGUGGUAAAUUAUCAUUAGCUGAAAAAUUGUGGUGUUUUCCAUUUCCAAGUGGUCCAAGCAGCUGAUUUCAUUGGACUAGCUCUUUAACAAGUUUUUAAAAACAAGGUACUUCAUGAUGUCUUAUGGCAUUUCUUGUGAAUGUUGUAACAUGUUGGGCCACGUGGAUUACACCGACAAACUAAGCUAAACUGACCAUUCGGCUAGUGUGAAGUGCUUCUUCUCUGUUCUUCUGCCUGAUGAUUCUUAGAAACAAUUUGUAGAAAGUGUAGCCAUUAAUGAGGUUGAAUUCUAUUUCUGUGUUGUGUGCCUCAAACUAAUAAAGCAUAUCACACAUGUUUACUUGUGGUUUGAUCUUAAAAAAGAUGGUUUUCAUGGUAUAACUAGUUUCUAGUUUUCUGCCUUGCAGACCACUGUGCUGGUAAUCUGUCUCUAUGAAUUAAUGUUCCUAAAAUGUAGUAACUAAAAAAUAAAAAGAGGUGGACUUUUCUUUUAUAUUUAAACAUCAGUUUGUCCUCAGAUUAUGUUCUUAGAAUAAUUCUGUAUAUAUUUUGCGAUAUGGUUUUGUGUGUAAUUUUGACUGUACAUUUUGCACUGAUUGAAAUUCUGUAUUCUAAGUAUAAUUUGUGAGUACCAGAGAUCUAUAACUAGAAUUUAUGUCUGUGACAAAUAUAAUUGGUAAUUUCUGUUA